AUGUUGUUGAUAGCUAUAUUUUUGUUGCUUUUAAAAGAAUAUAAUUGUCAUCUCAUACUUCAUGGAAAUACGUCUUUUGAAAUAAAUAGGUUGUGUUCUAAAGAAGUUGUCAAUGGUGGGGCAGUGCCAACUUAUUAUGACUGGAGGGACCAGAAAAUGGUUUCUCCUGUCAAAAACCAACUAGGGUGUAAGGCUUCUUGGGCUUUCAGCACUGCUGCCUGUCUCGAAAGUCAUCUAAAAAUCUACUUGGGCGCGGAAGAGAUAUUGUCUGAGCAGUUUCUGUUAGACUGUGAUGAUACUAACACUGGAUGUGCCUAUGCAAGUCUUUAUCAAGCAUAUUCACAAAUCGUCAACGUCCACUCGGGUGUUCUUCGAGAGAAGGACUACUUCGCAUACGUACAUGAACCAAUGGAAUGUAGAUGGGAUGGUCCGAACCAAGCGGCUCCCAAAGGGCUAUCCUGGGAAUUUGAACGAAACCGCCCAAAACCUGUGAGAGUGUACGAUUUCCAUAUCGUUCACAACGCUGAUGAAGAUGAUAUGAUUCAACUGCUUUAUAAGAAAGGACCAUUAUCAGCUGAAAUUAAUGCUGCAUCAAUGGUAAGCUACAAGGGUGGUAUAGACGAGCCGACAGAAGAAAGCUGCGAUCCUAAAGCAGUAAACCAUUCGGUUUUGAUCGUCGGAUAUAACGUUUAUAAAUCGAAAUCCGAUGGCCGUACAGUCCCAUACUGGAUAAUCAAGAACUCCUGGGGCCAGGAUUUCGGAGACAACGGGUACUACUACCUGGUUCGCGGACGCAACGCCUGUGGUAUCGGCACCACCAUAGGUUUCGGUGACGUCCAAGAAAACCAAUAAAUAUUAUAUCUGACAAUCAUUGCAAAAUUUAAUGUCAUAAAUAUUGUUGAAUAAAUAGUGUGCAAUAUA